AUGUACUCACCAAUAUUCCUGGCUGCCUUCAUGACGGCACUGGCCUCGGCGCACUCAGUUAUCACUUAUCCAGGCUGGCGAGGGAACAACCUCGUCACUAACGAGACCUUUCCCUAUGGCAUGCAGUGGAUGUAUCCUUGCGGCGGCAUUGGUACCACGACGAACCGUACAUACUGGCCUACCACUGGUGGUGCUGUUGCUUUCCAGCCUGGCUGGUUUCGUGGCCACGCCACCGUUGACGUCUACAUCAAUCUCGGAUUUGGCACUGACGGCCCCGACAAUGGUCCCGUUGACAUGUCCAACCCCAUGCUUCCUGCUGUUCAGGUUCUUGGCCCUACGAAUGGUCCUUACCCCGGAACCAUCUGUUUCCCGCAGGUUCCUCUGCCGAAAGGCGUCGACGUCAAGGCUGGCGACAAGGCCACUAUUCAAGUCGUCGAAUUGGCCGUUCACGGAGCAGCUCUGUUCUCAUGUGUUGAUAUCGAGUUUGCCGAGCCGGGAGACCCCAAGAUCGCUGAGGUCAACGAGACGAACUGCUUCAACUCCACCAGCCUGGGCUUUGCCGACAUCUACACCAUUGCUACCACCAACCCCGCCACGGGCAAGCGUUACGAUGAAAACGAGUCGGCCGCCGACCACACAACCCCGCGACAGUUUGGCUGGGUCGCCAUGCUGAUUGUCGCCGGCCUCUGGGCUUCACUUUAG